AUCCUCCUGAGAGGCCGCCGCGGGGCUCCAUGGAGACGCAGGGGAAGCCCCCGCCGCCCAGCAGCCAGCGCGGGCCGGUGCUGCACAUCGUGGUGGUCGGGUUCCACCACAAGAAGGGCUGCCAGGUUGAAUUCUCCUAUCCUCCCCUCAUCCCAGGAGAAGGACAUGACAGCCACAGUUUACCAGAAGAAUGGAAAUACUUGCCUUUCCUUGCCUUGCCAGAUGGAGCUCACAACUAUCAAGAAGAUACUGUGUUUUUCCACUUGCCCCCAAGAUGUGGAGAUCGAACCACAAUAUAUGGUGUCUCUUGCUAUAGGCAGAUUGAAGCCAAGGCACUGAAAGUGCGGCAAGCAGAUGUCACCCGAGAAACGGUACAGAAAAGUGUCUGUGUUCUAAGUCAGCUGCCUUUGUAUGGAUUACUUCAAGCAAAGCUACAGCUCAUUACUCAUGCCUAUUUUGAAGAAAAAGACUUCUCACAAAUUUCAAUACUUAAGGAACUUUAUGAACAUAUGAAUAGCUCUUUGGGAGGAACUACACUGGAGGGGUCACAAGUUUAUCUUGGUCUGUCUCCCCGAGAUCUUGUCCUUCAGUUUAGACACAAGAUCUUAAUUCUUUUUAAAUUGAUUCUUCUAGAGAAAAAGGUGUUGUUUUAUAUUUCUCCAGUAAAUAGACUGGUGGGAGCACUGAUGACUGUCUUGUCUCUCUUUCCUGGUAUGAUUGAACAUGGUCUUACUGACAGUUCACAGUACAGACCAAGAAAGAGUGUAUCAGAGGAUACUGGCCUGCGGGAAGUUACUCCCCCUUUAGAUGAUUAUGUUUCUGUGUCUGUUGCUGACAUUUCAAAUACAAACUCAGGAGUGGGUGAGGAAGGCAGGAAGCUAUCAGGAAACCAUGUGUGGGAGGCUCAGAAAACAGAUGUGCCUUUAUCCCAUUCUGAAAAGAAUUGCAAUGGAUCACAGUCCUCCAAUGGCACUGGACAACAUUUGAAACCUCCUUCACGCACUUCUCCAGAGUCUUCUGAAAGCGACUGGGAGACCUUGGAUCCUAGUAUUUUGGAGGAUACCAACUUGAAAGAAGGAGAACAUGAAAAUAUGACAUCAGAACAGACUGAAAUCCUUUCAAAGGAAUGCCCAACGUCAGAAAGCCCUCCAAUUACUGUGCAACCUCAGGCUAAAACAGGACAUGUGGUUCUUGUUCCAGGACUGAUAUCAGGGUUGGAGGAGGACCAGUAUGGCAUGCCAUUGGCUAUUUUUACUAAGGGUUACCUUUGCUUGCCAUACAUGGCACUGCAACAGCAUCACCUCCUCUCUGAUGUAACAGUCCGUGGCUUUGUUGCGGGAGCCACCAACAUCCUGUUCCGUCAGCAGAAGCAUCUAAGUGAUGCAAUUGUGGAAAUAGAGGAAGCCCUUGUCCAAAUCCAUGAUCCAGAACUCAGGAAGAUCCUGAACCUCACAACUGCUGACCUGAGAUUUGCAGACUACUUGGUGAAGCAUGUAACUGAGAACAGGGAUGAUGUUUUCCUCGAUGGCACUGGCUGGGAGGGAGGAGACGAGUGGAUCAGGGCUCAGUUUGGUGCCUAUCUUCAUGCAUUGCUUGCUGCUGUGCUGCAGCCAGACAAUGAAAAGAUAUUGUCAGACUUCGGAACAGCCUUUGUAGCAACUUGGAAAAAUACACACAACUACAGAGUGUGGAACAGCAACAAGCAUCCUGCUCUUGCAGAAGUAAAUUCUAGCCACCCAUUCCAGGGCCAAUACUCUGUAUCAGAUGUAAAGUUAAGAUUAUCACACUCUGUCCAGAACAGUGAACGUGGCAAGAAAAUUGGAACUGCUAUGGUCAAUACCAGCCGGAAUGUUGUGCAAACAGGAAAAGCUGUAGGUCAGUCAGUAGGAGGGGCCUUCACAAAUGCAAAAUCAGCCAUGUCUUCAUGGCUUUCCACUUUUACCCAGUCAACACAAGGCCUCGGGGACUAA